CAUCACAAGAGCGCACGCGUGUUGCUAUUGGUUACGAGGCGCAUAAAAUUAUGAAUGAACGUAUGAUUUGUCAUUGAAUGAAUUUGUUUACAUGAAUGUAGUAUAAUUAUGUAAAUAAAUAUAAUUAGGAAACAUCCGGGCUUAUUAAAUAAAUUUUCGGAAAGAUUUGUAAACAAAUAACAGAACUUUUGACAAUUUGAAAAUAUGACAUAUAUUUUAUGUACUUUCUUGUGGCGGCAAUUUCGCAUCAUAUGAUUUCCAUGAUUUGUAUACAGUAAUUACUAAAAUAUAGUUUUAAGCAGGUACCUAAGUUCUUAAAAUAUUUUGUAUUAUACAUUUAUAUGCAAGCAUACAUUGGCUUUUUACCUCGUUUGUAAAAAUAACUUUACAAAAUCGCAAUAUGUUGAACGACAAAAUAAUUUGGCGAAAGUAGAAGAUGACAUUCUUUAAAAUAUAUAUUUUUAUAUGAAAGUAUUUAAUAUUGUAGACAAUUUUAACCGUUAGCCGCAAUGAACAUUACCAAAAAUAUAAGUGCACUUAUCAGUAGAGUAUCCACAAUCAAAGAACAAUUAUUUUCUCCCAAAUAUUUACUGUAUACAAAUGUAGCAAUAUCUAUUUCUCUUUCUGCUACCGGUGAUGUACUAGAACAACAAUAUGAAAUAUUGAAGAAUGAAUGGGACAAAUGGAGUUUGCACAGAACAAGAAACAUGGCCAUUUCUGGAAUGUCUAUCGGUAUAGUAUGUCACUACUGGUAUAAAUAUUUAGAUGCUAAGAUACCAGGUCGUACAAUUACAGUUGUUUUAAAGAAAGUUGUUAUAGACCAAUUAGUCUGUUCUCCACUAUGUAUAGCAAUGUUUUUUCUAACAUUAGGUAUUUUAGAAAAAAGUAGUUGGUCUGAAUUAAAAACUGAAAUUAUUAAUAAAGCACAUAAAUUAUAUGUGGCAGAAUGGGUUAUCUGGCCACCAGCUCAAAUCUUUAAUUUCUAUUGUUUACCUUCCAAGUAUAGAGUCCUGUAUGAUAAUACUAUAUCUCUUGGUUAUGAUGUUUAUACUAGUCAAGUAAAACAUAAUAAUUUAAUGUAUAAUUCACAUUGACCUCUAUUUUUGUAAAAAGUAAUAAGAACAGUUAAUUUCUAUUGUUAUUACAUUUGUUGAUUUUAUGAAACUGACUCUCCUCUCAGUUCUUGGCUAUCAUU